AUGGCCACAGACGCGGAGGACCGUGCUUAUGUCGAAUAUGUCAAGCGAUCGCUGAACGAGGAGGAGGAGUUUCACUUCCAGCGAUUCGAGUUCCUCCAGAGGCUGAACCUCGUUCAGCUACAAGUAAAGCUGGUGCGGCUGAAAAGUCAAAUCCAGGCAUCGAAUUGUGCGCCCGAAGAGGAUAUUGUCACCUUGCAGGAGACGCUGCAGAAUUACGGCAAGGCAAUCAGGAACUAUCGUUUUCUUAAGGACCACAAAAUAGUGGACACCUCGGAGGCCCGAAAGCGCAAGCUCCUCCUGCAGCGCUUCUUCAAGUCGUCCCUCGACCACGGCGACCCUUUCCAGUCGCACUUUGCCUACUUCGAGGAUGCCGAGGCGACCAUCACCCACUGCGGCGGACACUGA